CGUUGGUGCUGCCGGUGACCUCCGACCCCGCGGCCGCGGGGCGGGGCGGGGAGGUCUUAGCUCCGGGCGGGCGGCGGCUGCUGCAGCGGGACCCGGGAGCGGGGCCCGACGCCGCCCGGGACGCGGGGCGAUGUGAGCUCCAGGUGUGUCCCAGAGGGAUCCAGGUGACUUCUCUGCAGACUACUUGUCAUGAUGCCCCACCAAGAACAGGGGGAAUAAAGUGGGGGUCCUUCCCCAUGCCCCUCCCAUGGUCAGCUCCCCGAUGGCCUGGGUGAGGGCGGACUCGCUGCUCUGACACCAUGGGGAGCUGCUGCAGCUGCCUGAACAGAGACAGCGUCCCGGACAACCACCCCACCAAGUUCAAGGUGACGAAUGUGGAUGACGAGGGGGUGGAGCUGGGCUCCGGGGUCAUGGAGCUGACGCAGAGCGAGCUGGUGCUGCACCUGCGUCGGCGCGAGGCUGUCCGCUGGCCCUAUCUCUGCCUGCGGCGCUAUGGCUACGACUCGAACCUCUUCUCCUUUGAGAGCGGCCGCCGGUGUCAGACGGGCCAGGGGAUAUUCGCCUUCAAGUGCUCCCGGGCCGAGGAAAUUUUCAACCUGCUUCAGGACCUGAUGCAGUGUAACAGCAUCAGUGUGAUGGAGGAGCCGGCCGUCAUCACCCGCCACAGCCACCUGCCUGAGCUCGGCCUCCCUCGGGCACCACAGCCUCCCACUGCUCUAGGUUACACUGUCUCCAGCUUCUCCAAUGGCUUCCUUGGCUGCCCGGGAGAGGGCCCGAGAUUCUCAGCUCCCCGGCGCCCCUCGACAAGCAGCCUGCAACACCCCUCGCUUGGGGAAGAGUCCACUCAUGCCCUCAUUGCCCCUGAUGAGCAGUCCCAUACCUAUGUCAACACGCCAGCCAGUGAGGAUGACCACCGCAGGAGCCGGCAUUGCCUGCAGCCCCUGCCCGAGGGCCAGGCGCCCUUCCCCCCACAGCCCGGGGGCCCUGACGCUGGGGACCCCCAAGUGUUCCUGCAGCCGGGCCAGGUGAAGUUCGUGCUGGGCCCCACCCCUGCUCGGCGGCACAUGAUGAAGUGCCAGGGCCUCUGCCCCAGCCUGCAUGACACCCCCGCCCACAACAACAACAACGAGGGCGCUUCCGAGUGCCUGGCCCAGCCCAAGUGCACCUACGAGAACGUCAGCGCGGGGCUGCGGCCAGGGGCCGGCUGGAGACUGAGCACGGAGGAGCCGGGUUGGAACGGCCUCGCCCGCCGGGCCGCCCUGCUGCACUAUGAGAACCUGCCCUCCCUGCCCCCUGUGUGGGAGAGCCACGCCCAGCAGCUGGGGGAGGAGGCUGGGGAUGACGGAGACUCGAGGGACGGCCUCACUCCCUCCUCCAAUGGCUUCCCUGAUGGCGAGGAGGACGAGACCCCACUGCAGAAGCCCACCAGCACCCGGGCUGCCCUCCGUAGCCAUGGCAGCUUCCCUGUGCCGCUGACCCGCCGCCGAGGCUCCCCGAGGGUCUUCAACUUUGAUUUCCGCCGGCCGGGGCCCGAGCCCCCCAGGCAGCUCAACUACAUCCAGGUGGAGCUGAAGGGCUGGGGUGGAGACCGCCCCAAGGGGCCCCAGAACCCCUCGCUCCCCCGAGCUCCCGCUGCCGCCGCCCACCCUCCCCGCAGCUCAGACUCCUACGCCGUGAUUGACCUCAAAAAGACCGUGGCCAUGUCCAACCUGCAGAGGGCGCUGCCCCACGACGAUGGUACUGCCAGGAAAACGCGGCACAACAGCGCGGACUUGCCUCUGUAGGGACCCCUCGCGCCCCGCCUCGCGCUCCGUCCCCUGAACCCACGCCCCGGGUUCCAGGUUGCUUUGCAGAAGGGCGCCGAGGUGGAACUAGACGCUUCCCAGCGCCGGCAGGCGUCCCCAGAGAUAGCAGCCACUGAGUCUCCU